CUCUACUUCCUGUUCGGUUACGAACUUGACACCUAUGGCGUUAUCCGUUUCCGACGGCCAAGAAAAGCUUUCACCUUUAACAUUCACCCUCGGGUUCCAGCCAGAUAAUAAACUGCUGCAUGUUAAGAGGUGUAGCAGAUGGCGGAGCGAGAGGAGCGACGCUUCGCGGAAGUGUCGCGGGAGUCCGUCAAGCUAAUGGCCGAGAGCGCCGGCGUGGACCUCGGCGACGACGUGGCCGCUCUGCUGGCCGAGGACGUCUGCUACCGGCUGAGGGAGGCGACGCAGAGCAGCUCUCAUUUCAUGAGACAUGCGAAGAGAAGGAAGCUGACAGUGGAAGACUUUAACAGAGCUCUGCGCUGGAGCAAUGUGGAGGCCAUCUGUGGUUACGGGUCGCAAGAUGCGCUCCCUUUCCGCUCGGUGAAAGAAGGGGAGCUUUUCUUCAUCGAGGAGCGCGACGUCAACCUGGUGGAGUUGGCCCUGGCCACCAACAUUCCCAAGGGCUGCGCCGAGACUAUGGUUCGAGUGAGCGUGUCGUACCUGGACGGGAAAGGGAAUGUGGAACCCCAGGGAACAGUUCCUUCAGCGGUCCAGUCCCUGUCGGAGGACCUGUUGAAGUACUACCAGCAGAUCACGCGGGCCAUCCUGGGAGAGGACCCUCACCUCAUGAAGGUGGCUCUGCUGGACGUCCAGUCUAACUCCAAAAUUGCCGCCUUGCUGCCAUACUUUGUUUAUGUCAUCAGUGGGGUGAAGUCAGUUAGCCACGACCUGGAGCAGCUCAACCGGCUCCUGCACAUGGUGAAGAGUCUGGUCCAGAACCCCUACCUGUACCUGGGCUCCUACGUGCGCAGCCUCGUCUCCAGUGUCAUGUACUGCAUCCUGGAGCCCCUGGCGGCCUCCAUCAACCCGCUCAACGACCACUGGACCCUGAGGGACUACGCCGCCCUGCUCCUGAGCCACAUCUUCUGGACUCACGGCGAUCUGGUGAGCGGGCUCUACCACCAGAUCCUCCUGUCUCUUCAGAAGGUUCUGUCGGAUCCCGUGAGACCGCUGUGCUCCCACUACGGAGCUGUGGUGGGCCUUCAUGCUCUCGGAUGGAAGGCUGUGGAAAGAGUUCUCUUCCCACAUCUUCCUGCCUACUGGGCCAACCUGCAGGCUGUGCUGGACGACUACUCGGUGUCCAACGCCCAGGUCAAAGCAGACGGACACAAGGUCUACGGAGCCAUCUUGGUGGCGGUAGAGCGCUUGCUGAAGAUGAAGGCUCUGUCCCUGACCCAGCCGGCAGCCGACGGCGGCCCCGGCGCUCAUUCGGGCUCGGCGGCAGGCGUUUUGGCGUACAGGGUGAGCUCCCCCGGUCUCAGCCCGCCGCCGGAACCUCUGUCCGAGGCCGCCCUGGGCAUCGCCAGCCACCUUCAGACGGGCGGCGCCGGGUGCCCGUGGGAGGACUGGACCCCCGUCCCGCUGCCCGCCAUGUACUGCGAGCUCUACUCCUUCUUCGGGGACAGCCUGGCGGUGCGCUUCAGCACCGGGCCCGGGUUGGGCGGCGCCCCCGCGCAGCCCGGCGAUGCCAGGAAAGACCCCCCCGGGCCCGCCUCCAAUCACGACACCGCCCGGAAGAUGCCCCAGCUCACGGCCAACCUGAACAUCAGUCCCAGGCAGGAUGGGAGUCCCCGGACCGACCCGCCCCCACCCAGCCUGGCUGCUACCGGCUCCGGAAGGUACGGAGAAGAAAAUUCCGGCUGUGGCUCGCUCCUCGUCGUCGUCUGUUCAGCGUUCUCGACCCUCCGCAUCACGCCCGGGCCAGCGGCAGGCGGGUCCGUCUCGCGACGUUUUCCCCAAAGCUCGCUUCACCUCGCCUCAGGCGGGACCCCUCGUCUUCUCCUUCCUCAUUGGCGGCAGACAAAUGGGCCGCAGUUGCCGGGGCCGCCGCCCUUUCCAGACCACCUUUGCCCUGACUCCGGCGUCGGCCGCCGUCGCGCCGCGCGCUUACGCCCACAAACUGCCCGUCAUCGGUCGGGUGGGAAAACCCGUUCGCCGUUGGGCUCACUAUUCCCUUUACCUUCCCCUUUAGAGAAGGGCUUCUCAAGCACUUUUUUAAAAUGAUAUGACAUAAUAAUGUUGACUUUGACAGACAUUUCCUGGCAGAUUUUUCCAGAGCAGCUCCUUCAGUUUUUCUUCUUUUUGUAAUCAAACUUUGUUGGAUACAUUUGGUGUUGUUUUUGACAGAAUAGUACAUGUAAAAUGCUGUGAUGCUUGGUUUUACAAAUAGUAAUAUUAAAUAAAAAAUGGAAAUCA